UCCCCCAAUUCCCUCUAACUUUCUUGUUGAUUUUUUUAUCCAUCUCUGUUUUUCAAAUUCUAUACACACUCUUACUCCUCCAGUUUUCCUUUCUUUCUACUAAUAUCAAAUUUCAAACCUUCUCUCUUUCAAAAUUCUGCCUCACAAAACUUAUUUUCACUAUGAAAAUCCCCAAAGACAGAGUUAGAUUCAAUGUGGGAGGCAGAGUCUUUGAAACAGCCUCAACAACGUUAGCCAAUGCAGGCAGAAACUCCUUUUUUGGUGCAUUAUUCAAUGAAAACUGGACCUUAAAACAACCAAAUAAUGACUCGUUUUCCCAUUGUGAAUUCUUCAUUGAUAGAAACCCUGAUUGUUUCUCUGUUCUCCUUGAUCUCCUUCGCACAGGCGACCUCAAUAUCCCUCCAAACAUCCCUGAAAGACAACUCUACAGAGAGGCCUCCUUUUAUGGUUUAUUAGACCAUGUAAGAUCAGCUAAAUGGGGCCAAUUUGAUGGCAACAGGCUCCGCCAUUCGCGGUCUGUUACAGGACAGGCACCGGGGGAUGGGACCGCGAUUCGUGCUGGUCCUGAUGGUGGCUGCUGUGUGGCUCAUGGUAGUGUUGUUCAUGUUUAUGAUUGGAUUAUGGAGGAGUACCCUCCACUGAAUCUUGAUUAUCAAAGAGUCAAUGAUGUUGGUUGGGUAGAUGGCGAGAGCAUAAUUAUUAGUGCUUGUGAGAAAUUAGGCCGCGGGGACGGAGGGAUGGGGUUGUUUAGUAAGAGUACAGGAGAAUUGAGGUAUAAGUUUCAGGUUUGCCAUGAGAAUCAAGUGAAGAGUUUCACAGCUGGGGCUUUAAGUACUAGUUCUGAUUAUAAGAUAUUUAGUAGUUGUAAAGGGAGGAGUAAUGAGUAUGGGAUUGGGGUUUGGGAUCAAGUUACUGGAAAACAGAUUGAUUUCUUUUACGAGAGUCCAGGAUGGUCAUUAGGUGAUGCUGAUAAGUUGCAAUGGUUGAAUGGGAGCAAUUGUUUGUUGGUGGCUACUUUGUUUCCUAGAAAAGAUAACUGCUACAUUAGUAUGUUGGACUUUAGGGAUAAGAGGAUGGUAUGGUCUUGGUCUGAUUUUGGCGCUCCUAUAACUGUGGACGAGAAGCGAGUGCGAGAUGCUAUAGCUAUGGAGGAUAAUAAUGCUAUUUGUGUGGUGAAUGAAUAUGAGGAUUUGGGGUUUAUGGAUUUGAGAAUGAAUGGAGGGAGUGUGAGGUGGAGCUCAAGAAGUCGGAUGAUGAAAGGGAAACUGUCUGAUGAGCCUUGCUAUCCCAAACUGGCUUUACACGAGGGGCAGUUGUUUUCAUCUAUGGAUGACUGCAUUUCUGUGUUCUGUGGUCCUGAUUGGGUUUUGACAUCUAGGCUUCGCCAGAGUUAUGGAGGUUCAAUCUGUGACUUUUCAAUUGGUGGGGAUCGGCUCUUUGCACUUCACAGUGAGGAAAAUGUAUUUGAUGUAUGGGAGACUCCACCUCCACCAAUUUCAUGAUCCAGGAUAUGGAAUGUGCAUUUUAUCAUUUAGGCGGUCGACUUCCACAGCUAAUUGUUCUUGUCUUUCAUUUUUGAACUGCCCCAAGGAGGUCCUUUUAUAUUCUUCUUUUCGUUUUGACCCUCUUCCUCUUCUGUUCUUUUGACCCCUUCACAAAGUUCACAACUGCUUGUUUCCUUCCUCUUUAGUUGUAGUGUUUCUCAUUGGUCUCUUGAGAUCUCAUGGAUUGCAGAUCAUACAGUGUCUGUGUAUGUGCAUAGAGGGAUAGGCAUAGAUGCUCUUUGCAUGUGAGCAGUUGCAACAACUGAAUGUCUCAGUAGAUUUGCCAUCACUUUGCAAAAGUUCAGCUAUUGCCUAUUGCUUUAUAUCAGGUGGAGCAUGAUCAGUUGCUCUUUGGUUAUUAUAAUAUAAUAACAUCAUGUAAUACUAAUCCAGGAAUAAUUUGUUCUCUCUUUCUGCUAGAAUAAGUUUCUAACUUCUAUGGAAGGAACAAAUCCCUAGUAUAGAAGCCCACCCACGAAUGGAAAUUGGAUCCUCAUUCGGUUUUAUAUGCUUCUGUCAGAGCUUUUUCCAUGUGAGCAGGUCAAACUGCACACUAUGCUUUUUAUGUAUAAAGUUGAUGAACCUUGGCUUUGGUGCA